GCGGAAUUUUUUGAGUUUACCUAAACCAAAAGAAUGAUCAUUGGUGUGUCAUUCCCGCGAUGAAUCAUCAUCAUCAUCAUCAUAAUAGAAAGUGAGAAAACAGGGGGUAGUUUAUUGUCUUGGAUCAAAAACACUUCACGUACUUAUCAUCAGCUAGCUAGCUCUCUCUCUCUCUCUCUCUCUAGUCACGUGUUUCCUUCCUCCAGCUAAAAACAGUCGCACAGAAAAAUUGUAGACCGAGAAAGAAAUGGCUAUGACUCUGAGUCUCAGCAUCACAACAGUAUCUUCCCCACGGUGGACCUCAUCAUCCAUUCUCAAAUUCAAACCCAAUUCAUCACCACUUUCAUUCCCUCGUGCUUCUUCUUUUUCUACCACUUCCUUAACUCAACUCACCGUCGGUGAAGAUUUACCGCCAAAUUACGGUGAUUGGCUUCCCAAACCCCAACUUCACCUUCGUAGAAGAGCUGGCAUUCUACUCCAUCCGACGUCGUUUCAAGGCCCCUACGGAAUCGGCGAUCUCGGAAAUGAGACCUUUCGUUUCAUUGACUGGCUCCAUCAAACCGGUUGCUCCCUUUGGCAGGUUCUUCCUCUUGUGCCACCUGGUAGAAAGGCUAAUGAAGAGGGAUCUCCUUACUCAGGCCAGGAUGCGAAUUGUGGCAACACACUUUUGAUUUCUCUUGAAGAGCUUGUUGAGGAUGGAUUGUUGGAAAAACACGAGCUUCCCAAACCAAUUGAUGCAGAGCGCGUGAAUUUUUCGGUUGUUGCUGAUCUUAAGGAUCCUUUGAUAACUAAGGCUGCAGAGAGGCUCAUUUCAAGCAAAGGGGAGCUCAAAACGCAGCUUGAGAAUUUUCGUAGGGAUCCUAGCAUAUCAAGCUGGCUUGAAGAUGCAGCUUACUUUGCUGCUAUUGACGACAGUUUGAACACACUCAGCUGGUAUGAUUGGCCUGAACCUUUAAAAAACCGCCAUAUUGUAGCUCUAGAAGAUAUUUAUGAACAAAAGCGAGAUUUUAUAAAUGUAUUUAUUGCCCAACAGUUCUUGUUUCAAAGGCAAUGGCAGAAAGUUCGUAACUAUGCGCAGAGUAAGGGAAUCAGAAUAAUGGGAGACAUGCCCAUUUACGUUGGUUAUCAUAGUGCAGAUGUUUGGGCAAAUAAGAACCAAUUUGCACUGAACAGGAAAGGCUUUCCUCUUUUAGUGAGUGGCGUUCCUCCUGAUGCAUUCAGUGAAACUGGUCAGCUGUGGGGAAGCCCCCUGUAUGAUUGGAAAGCCAUGGAAAAAGAAGGAUACUCAUGGUGGAUACGCCGCAUACGACGUGCACAAGAUAUAUAUGACGAAUUUAGGCUUGACCAUUUUAGAGGAUUGGCUGGAUUUUGGGCUGUUCCCUCUGAAGCAAAAGUAGCUAUGGGUGGAAAGUGGAAGGUAGGACCUGGCACAUCCUUCUUUGAUGCCAUUUCUAGAGCUGUUGGGAGCAUUAAUAUCACAGCAGAAGACUUGGGAGUUAUCACUGAGGAUGUAGUGCAACUAAGAAAAUCCAUUGGAGCCCCUGGAAUGGCUGUCCUCCAGUUUGGGUUUGGAGGUGGUGCUGAUAACCCUCAUUUGCCGCAUAAUCACGAGUGCAAUCAAGUUGUCUAUACAGGGACUCAUGACAAUGACACGAUUCAGGGUUGGUGGGAAGCUUUAACCAAAGAAGAGAAAUCCCAUGUAUUGAGUUAUAUUUCAUUAACCAGAGAAGAUGAUAUUCCGUGGGCACUAAUCCAGACAGCUCUGGCCUCUGUUGCUCAAACAGCAAUAAUACCUAUGCAAGAUGUUCUUGGACUCGGGAGUUCUGCCAGGAUGAAUAUUCCUGCAACUCAGUUUGGAAACUGGGGAUGGAGGGUUCCAAGUUCUGUGAGCUUUGACAGGUUAGAGAGAGAGGCAACCAGACUUAAAGAGUUGCUUUCAAUGUAUGGUCGGCUUUGAAAUAUGAAAUCCCUUUCUGAGUGUAAAGCAGAAAGGUUUCCCUUGCAACGGCAGCUCAAGUGGAAAAUGCCAAGCCUGCAGUCUUUAUUCACAAGUCCCUCGAGUGGGCACAAUCUUGAUAAAAGCUAGGUGCCUUGUGUUGUUCAAGAAAUUUAAUAAAGUUGGAUGCUUUUGUGAUUUCUAAUGAUAUCGCAAAUACUUAAGGCAUUCUUGUAUAUGUAACCCCCGGUAUUCUGAUAGUUCACCUGAACCAUUUUGGUGAUAUAAAGAAGCAAUUCUGUCAUGCUCAAAAAUGAAUUUGUAAGGAUUUGUAUCAUGGUAUGACUAGUUCAGAGAGAAUGCAUGGAUCAAUAUCCCAAAUAAUAAUUGUAUGAAUUCAAUAA